UUCAAACUUACUUGUUUACUUACUUGACUCAACGUCGAUCUAUCGCGCACAUUCGAGAUUUUUAAACUAAUAAACAAAAUACAAAAAAGAAAUUUUACAAAAUAUCACCAAAGUACUUUAAGUAAUUUUGAUGACACGUUAUUUUAGCACAAUUAUUGUAUUUACAUAUUUUACGAUUAAAAAUAAAUAAAUGGAAAUGAAUUGAAAUAAAGGAAAAAAGAUUGCUUUGAUCGACGUUGAGAAUCGGUGCACGAUUUAAGAGGAGUUAGCUCAACUAUUCGAAACAAAAGUGUACUCGGAAAAUCGGUCAACCGUGUGUCACUUUCCUUGUCUUACACGAAAAACUUCUUUCGUGAGACACAGUUCGUUGAUUUUUUAUUCUUUUCUUUUGCUUAACGUGACAGGAAUAAUUACUUUUACUUAGUUAGUAUUGAAAUAAAUUUCAAAAGAAAUAAAAACAAAAAGAAAUAGGGUAGAUAUAAGUGAUGUAUUUCGGAAGAGGGUCGUUGAAGAUAUUUGCCGAAAAUAAUUUUGAUCGAUUUUUAUCAAAAAUAAGUGGCAGAUAAAAAUCUUAUGAAAAUAUUAUAUUCACGAAUAAUAUUACGCGAAUUAUUUAUUUCCUACCAAUUUGUUAUCGCAUUUACAUCAUCGCAUUUAAUUAUCCGUCACCUAAAAUGUGGAAUCGCAAGGUGUUCAUCAGAAUAAUCGAAAUGCUUCUUUGCAUAGCAUGCGUGGUAGCGCUCAGAGUGACCGAUGACGAAAGCAGAAGGGUAUUUCAUUAUUUAAGAAAUCGCAGCAGAGAGUGGUCGCUUUUAAACAACGUCACAUGGGGUACCAUAGGUGCCGCUCUUGCAACAGCGACUUGCGGUGGCUACGUCAUCAUAACUGCAGGUCUUCUUAUUGCCGCGGCAACAAACGAACUUACAGGUCGAAAAAUGGAAAUCUUCUUUCUUGGUCUUGGAAUAAUACUUUUUGGAAUCGUCGGUGCUCUCGCUUUAGCAUCAAUCGAAAGUAUUCCAGAGGAUUUGAUCGAUAAUGCUGCUGUCCUUGGUGCACUCGCUUUAAUCACGGCUUUAGCAUUCAUCGCAGAUCUGUUAAUAUCUCCUCCUCGUAAAAAGGAUAAACAGGAAGUGCGAAUAAUCAACGAUAAGGAUUCAGCCAAGCAACCAACGAUGACCACGAUGACGACUGAAAAGGAAAUUAUGCCUUCGAAAGAAAUAUUAAAUUCGAAAUCGGAGGAAGAAUCGAAGGAAAUCAACGGUAAGAUAAAUGAAGGAUUCGAGAAAUUGGAUGUUCGAGGACGCAAGGAAAACGACGAAGAAGAUUCCGAUAAACCGCAACGAUUCGAAUCACGCGCAUACGACAAUUACGAAUUGGAAAGAAAUCGUCAUUUCAAUAUUGUCGAGAGAGAAUUACGUGAGCACACGCAAAACUUCGAAAAUGGGCGUGUAUUAAGGGAUUCUCAACGAUACAGGGAAGCUGAAAUACUUCAAGGAAGUAAUCCUGCGAACAGAACGUUUGACGAUAAUCGUAGAACCGAAGAUUCGAGAAUUGUUUAUAAAUCUCGUGACAUUUAUCAACGACCCGUAGACGAACUCGACACACCACCGUUUCCAACUAAUCUUAAUCGAGGGAACGAACCAAUCUUUGGCAAAAUUGUAAAUCCUAGCGUGAAGAUUAUGAAAAUUCAACGUGACGUCAAUGAACCUCACGAUACUUACAGAUAUUCCGACUCUAGCCAAUACGACAAUGUACCAGUAAAGAUGAGAGGAACAUCACCGAGUAUAUUAAAAAAAGAUCGUGGGGUUUCUUCGAAUGGUUCAUUGGCUCUGAAAAUUCCUAGCAAGAUAGAAGAAAGAAGCAAGAACGAGAUCGAGAUGCUGGAAGAAUGUUUCAGUUCUCUCAGAUCGACUGGAACUCAAACUGGCGUUCGUACACCUUCCUCACCUACGGAUCCUGGUUAUGUUCGUCAUACUGCAAGCAAUUGGCCUCAAGAUAUCAAAGCAAAGACACCUGGUUCCAGUCCGGAACACAACGGGAACCAAUAACAUUUUUUGGAUUAUUUUUUGAUAUUGUUAAAAUCAUGUUUUGUAAAAAAUAUUCAUAUACACGCGUACGACGACGACAACGACGAUGAUGAUGAUAAUGAUGCAAAACUUUUGUUAUUCGAAUGUGAACUUAAAUUUGAAUCAUGCUGGAAAAAUUUGUACAAAAUAUUUGUAUCAUUUUUAACCGUACCAUUGGUUUACAAACCCAGGUUGUUCAUGGUAAUAACAUUUUUAUGUUCAUUCACGAUCCACGUUAGGUAUAGGUACAAAUUUUAAUAUAAAGUUAAGGCUCCUUUUUCACAUCAUAUCUCUAUAUAUGCAUACAUACAAUUAUUAUUAUGUUUAAUAUUAUUAUUUUAUUAUUAUUAUCAUUAUCAUUAUUAUUAAUAUUAUUAUUUUUUAUUAUUGUUUUUAUUAUAUCGUAGUCUCUAUUUGUUAGUCUUUUGAAAACGUAAUCAUUAAGAUUAGUCUUAUCAACUUCGCGUGGAUUUACAUAUUUUAUCUUUCUCUCUCUUUUUCUCUUUAAAGAGAAAGAGAGAGAGAGAAACAGAAUUGCUGAUCCUUCACAUUUCUUACGAGAUUCGUAUAAAUAUACGCUGGUGUUCGAAUAAAUGAAUUUAAUUCUCGACAUGUUCAAUGAUUUUCCAUCAUCGAGCGUAUACUUUUACGUAAACGAAUAAACUUAAAAGAAAAAAAAAAAAAUUAGAAAAUAAGAAUGUGAGAAAGUUUCAUCGAUUUAAUCGCGACGAGAUGAUAAAGAAAUUAAAAUAAAUAUCGGUCUUUUUUUUUUUUCAUAACAUUGUCUAUAACACGAGAAAACAAUCGUAUUCGACGUCCUUAAUAUUUUGUUAGUUAAUAAGAUCGAUUUCAAUCUA